UCACGAGUCUUGUUGGGUUCAAGGGUUAAAGUUUACAAGAUGGCGGCGACCAAACGAGUGCUGUAUGUUGGUGGUCUCACAGAGGAGGUGGACGAAAAAGUGCUGCACGCGGCAUUCAUUCCGUUCGGGGAUGUCACAGACAUUCAGAUUCCAAUAGACUAUGAAACAGAGAAGCACAGAGGAUUCGCCUUCAUUGAAUUUGAAUUGGCAGAGGAUGCUGCAGCUGCCAUUGAUAACAUGAAUGAGUCGGAGUUGUUUGGAAGAACCAUCCGGGUCAACAUUGCCAAACCUAUGAGGAUCAAAGAGGGCUCUUCUCGUCCAGUUUGGUCGGAUGAUGAUUGGCUGAAGAAGUUCUCGGGAACGACUGUCGAAGACGCUGAGGUUACGGAGUCCACUGGAGAAUCAGCCAAAUCAACAACAGCAGAUGGCGAGCCCCCAGCCAAGAAGGGCAGAACGAACCCCCAGGUUUACAUGGACAUUAAGAUUGGCAACAAGCCAGCAGGGAGACUGCGCUUCCUGCUCCGAGCAGACAUUGUUCCUAUGACAGCAGAAAACUUCCGCUGCUUGUGCACACAUGAGAAGGGCUUUGGCUUCAAAGGUAGCAGUUUCCACCGCGUCAUCCCUCAGUUCAUGUGUCAGGGAGGAGACUUCACCAACCACAACGGUACUGGGGGCAAGUCCAUCUACGGGCGCAAGUUUGACGAUGAGAACUUUGUCCUCAAACACACUGCUGCAGGUCAGCUCUCAAUGGCUAACUCUGGAGCAAACAGCAACGGCUCUCAGUUCUUCAUCACCUGUGAUAAAACGGAUUGGCUGGAUAACAAACAUGUGGUGUUUGGAGAGUUGAUGGAGGGCAUGGAGGUGGUCAAAGCCAUGGAGGCACAAGGAACAAAAGAAGGCAAGCCCAAGCAAAAAGUGAUCAUUUCAGACUGUGGAGAGUAUGUUUGAGUUGAAGUACAGAAGAGUGACUGUUGUAUGUUUGUGUAGCUCUGUGUGUGACUGAAUGUUUGAGAAAAAUGAGCAGUGUCAGACUGCAGAAUUGUUAAAAGGGCAAAUGUGGUAUCAUGUACUGCAGAUGCCCAUGACUCAUCUGCUGUACAUGGAUUGUUCCUGUUGGUUCCACCUUCUAUGUGAUGUAAAUAUUGCAAACACUUUUUUAUAAUGAACAUGAACAGCUUCUGUGUCAAUUUCACGUUUUCCAGAUGUAAAAUGAAACGUUUUUGUUGUAUUUCACAAUACUGUACCAACAUCUACUCACUAUAAAAUUGACCUGUUUUAGAUUCAAA